AUGAGUCGCAAGAUGUCAUCAGCCAUCACCAAACCAGGAAGCUCCCGCGGAAACAAUCCUCCUCCGAUACCGAGAAACAGGUUUCAGAAAAGUGGCAGUGAGUCAGUCUACGAAGUGAUGGAUACUAAGAACGCUUGCAUCUUUAGGGUUGAUAUGCCGGGUUGUCCUGGAUCGGAUCUCUCUUACUCGGUCGACUCCACCAACUUUCAUUUCUUUGCUGAUGAACAAGACAAGCCAGAAUACAACUACUCCGGUCGCAAAUACGGUGGAACCAUGAUGAUCAACCCAAAGGCCUACAACGUCAAAGAAGCAAAGGCUAAGCUUGCCAAUGGAGUUCUCUGGAUCACUGUUCCUAAGAUCCCUGGUAAAAACGCUACCACUGAUGUCACUGAGAAGAUGCUUUACUGUAAGAUAACAAGAGAUGACUUUGCUUGA